UUAUUAUUUAUUUAAAAAACUAGUUUAUUCAAAAGUGGUACAAAGUUGAUUUCGUUAUUUGCGGCGCUGUUUCUCUCCUUCGUGGUGUUUAGAGUUUAUUUAUUUCCAUUAAAUUUUGCUUCGUCAGACGAUUCACAUUAUCAAAACAAAACACAGGAGAGUGUAUAAAGAUGAAAUGAAACAAGAACUAGCAAAAAGUGUUCUUAUAGCUGACUUUGCAAAAAGUUUUAUUUAAAAGAUAAAUAAUAUUUAAAAAAAAGGAAUAUAAGUGGGUAGUGAAUUCGGAACGAUGCUUGUGAAAUAGUUUAGAAAAACUAAAAAAAAAAACAAUAUACAUAUUGACAAAGUAUAAAGUAGUAUAGAAGUAGAAGAAGAAAGAGCCUUAAGAACAAAGUUCGAAAAUACUCAGUAAUAGCGGCGCACCUUACUGCAUUAACUGCCUCGGUUAGUUAAUAAUAUAACUAGUAGUAUAUACAUACAUACAUACGUUCAUUCACAAAUAGCUGGACGCAAUGGACGCGUCCAAUGGUCACGUGAAAGUGUCCAGUUGGGAGAAAUUUAAGUUGUUAUUAUGGAAAAACUGGAGUCUACAAUGGAAUCACAAACUCGAACUGGUCGUCGAAUUACUCUUACCCGCCGUUUUUUCACUGUUGCUGGUCCUGGUGCGAGUUCUGGUGGAGGUGGACUCAAUGGAUGUGACUUAUUACGAACCAUUAAAUAUUUCUAAUUUGAAUGUUUUCGACAAAGAGUUGGCAAAUGCGCGAAGAGUGAAGCAAAUGAUCGGUUUAUACAAAGGGGACAGUGACGCAUUGAGCACCAAGGCCCGAGCCAAUAGACCACUCUCCAGAUUAGCCUACGCGCCGAACAACACCUUCUUGGAAGCUAUAAUUAUAGAGGCUACAGAAAGUCUAAAUCUGGAAGGUUACGAUAGUUAUCCGAAUGCUUCGGCUUUAGAGAAUGCAUUUACUACGGCUAAUUAUUUGGCUGGCGUGCAAUUCGAUGAAUCUCUAAUCAAUAUCAAUGAUUAUCCGAGUAAUUUCGUCUAUUCAUUGCGUUUCCCGAGCGAAUUGCGUACAGCGACUCGUACAUUGGGUUGGACAUGGUUAACUUCGAAGUUAUUUCCGGUUUUCGAUACCCCGGGGCCACGUAAUCCCACUGAUGAAGAUGGCGGUCUUCCGGUGGGUUAUUUAAGAGAAGGAUUCCUGCCCGUACAACAGGCUAUCUCAAUGGCAUACCUCAAAUUGGCUGGCAAUAGAGAUAAUUUGCCAUAUGUCGAGAUGCAACGUUACCCCUAUCCGGAAUAUAUAAGUGAUCCGCUAAUAGAGGCUUUGGAAACGAUAUUGUCGUUGAUCGUCGUACUAAGUUUCAUUUAUCCAUGUACAUCAAUAACAAAGAAUAUCACCGUCGAAAAGGAAAAACAACUGAAGGAGGUAAUGAAAAUCAUGGGUCUCAAUAACUGGCUACACUGGACUGCUUGGUUCGUAAAAUCAUUUAUAAUGUUGGGAGUUUCUUCUGUGCUCAUCAUACUUCUGAUUAAGAUCAAAUGGGUUGAAGGUGUCUCGGUGCUCACCUUUAGUGAUUGGUCUGUGCUUUUGGUAUUCUUGCUUGUCUACACCAUUGCUAGUAUUUGCUUCUGCUUCAUGAUGGCGACAUUCUUCUCAAGCGCCAGCACGGCCGCCGCAGUCACCGGCUUAGUUUGGUUCAUCACCUAUCUACCUUUGUCGUUUACCGUAAGAAACUAUGAACAGAUGUCACUGGGCUCAAAGUUGGGUUGGUGCUUGAUCUCCAAUACCGCUAUGGGUUUCGGUUUCAAAGAAAUAUUGGGUUUUGAAGGCAGCGGCGAGGGUUUACAAUGGAGCAAUUUAUUUAAAACCGUUUCGGUAGACUCUAAUCUAACAGUCGGCGCUAUAAUGUUGAUGAUGUUGGGUUCUUCCGUAAUUUACAUGCUUAUAUGUUUAUAUGUGGAGCAAAUUAUGCCCGGCGACUUCGGUGUGCCUAAGAAAUGGAACUUUCCACUUACACGCAGCUUUUGGUGUGGUCAAAAGGAUUAUGCGGGUGUUGAAGAUAUGACGAGUGCUUCGAUUGAACGUAAAAAUCUGGAAGCCUUCGAACCAGAACCGGUUUCUAAACAUGUUGGAUUACAAGUGAAGAAUUUAAAGAAACGUUUCGGGGAUAAGUACGCUGUGAAGGGUGUGUCUGUGAAUAUGUAUGAGGAUGAGAUAACAGUGUUGUUGGGUCAUAAUGGCGCUGGUAAGACAACCACAAUUUCCAUGCUAACUGGCAUGUUUCCACCAACCGCCGGCACAGCAGUAAUCAACGGCUAUGAUAUACGGACGAAUAUAGAGGGUGCCCGUAUGUCGCUUGGCAUUUGUCCGCAGCAUAAUGUGCUGUUCGACGACUUAAGUGUGGCCGAUCACAUAGUAUUCUUCAGCCGUUUGCGAGGUCUCAAAGGUGAUGAAAUUCGGGAUGAGAUAGAUAAGUACUUGCGUAUGAUCGAGUUAGAGGAUAAAGCGAAUGUGGCAUCUAAAAACUUGUCAGGUGGCAUGAAGCGCAAGCUGUCGGUAUGUUCUGCGCUAUGCGGUGGCACAAAAGUGGUACUUUGCGAUGAGCCCAGCUCUGGCUUGGACCCGGCAGCGAGACGUCAAUUAUGGGAUUUAUUGCAGGCAGAAAAAAUCGGACGCACACUACUCUUGACAACACAUUUCAUGGAUGAAGCUGAUGUGUUGGGCGAUCGUAUUGCUAUAAUGUGCGAUGGUGAACUAAAAUGCCACGGCACCUCAUUCUUCUUAAAGAAGAAAUAUGGUUCUGGUUAUCGUCUAAUUUGUGUUAAACGUGACGGCUGCAAAGCUAAUGAAGUGACAGCGCUGUUAAGUAAAUAUAUACCUGGCAUACGGCCCGAGGCUGAUAUUGGCGCUGAAUUAUCCUAUCAGUUGCCUGAUAACUACUCGGCGCGUUUCGAGGAGAUGUUUAGUGACUUGGAAACAAACUCUGGCAACUUGAUGCUGGGUGGCUAUGGCGUGGGUAUUACCUCAAUGGAAGAGGUAUUCAUGAAAGUGGGCGCUGAGAACUCAGGCAACGGCACAAAGAAGGAACAACUUACGAUAAUGAAUGGCGGCAGUGGCUAUAAUGACGACGAUGUUGAGUCGAUAAAUUCCGACAACAUGUUCUCUGAAAAUACGCGGCUACUCAGGGGCAAAGAUCUUUACUUAAAUCAGUGGCACGCUAUGUUUCUCAAAAAGUAUCUCUACACGUGGCGUAAAAAGCUCCUCUUUCUUAUACAAAAUUGUCUGCCAAUAUUCUUUGUUGUCAUCACUAUUUUGAUCUCGCGUAAUGCAAGCACAUUUCGACAGCUACCUGCCAUAAAGAUUAGUUUGACGCAAUACCCGAAUACGUUUACGGUGCUUGAGACAGCAGAAGAUAUUGCACCGGGCUCUAUAGAACAACGCAUUGCUGCGGAGUAUAAAAGUAUUGUUGGUUCUUAUGGGUCCCAUCAUAAACUCCAACUGACGGAGGACAAAAAUUUUACCCAAUAUAUUCUGGAUUUGGGCCAAACCGAACAAGUGCGUAUUAAUUCUCGUUAUGUGGCGGCUGCAACCGUUAGUAAUGGCACCAUAACGGCUUGGUUGAACAAUCAACCGUUACAUACAGCGCCGUUAACGGUUAAUCUUGUGCAUAAUGCUAUGGCAAAAGUACUUCUUGGAUCUGAGGCAUCUAUAACCGUUAUUAAUGCGCCGCUGCCGUAUUCCCUGGAAACAAAAUUGGCACAAUUGAAUGCCGGCACAAAUGUGGGCACUCAAUUGGCUACGAAUGUGGGUUUCUGUAUGUGUUUCGUGAGCGCAUUCUACAUUCUGUUCCUGAUUAAGGAGCGUGAAACGCGCUCGAAGCUUUUGCAGUUCGUUGGUGGUGUACGUGUUUGGACUUUUUGGCUCUCGCAGCUGCUUUGGGAUAUGGCCACUUACGCUUUAACCGCUUUGAUAGUGAUUAUAACAUUGGCUUGCUUCCAAGAGGAGGGCUAUGCGAACUUUGGAGAUUUGAUUCGCUAUUUCUUCCUACUGAUAAUGUUUGGAUUUUCCGUUCUACCAUUUACCUAUUUACUUUCAUUCCUCUUCAGUGAACCGGCGACCGGAUUUUCUCGAGCUUCAACGAUUAACAUAUUUGUAGGUGUUGCAUUGUUCGUCGUCAUUGUCAUAAUGUCAUAUGACAUCUUCGAUACUAAGGAUGUAGCAGAUGGCUUACAAUGGUUCUUCAGAAUAUUUCCACACUUCUCACUUGCGAUGGGUUGGAAUAAUCUGUAUGUUAAUUGGGCUACACGUAACACGUGCAACAGUGAGGUACUCCAGGUUCUUCCCGAUGCUUUGCGUUGCGCGCUUUUGCCAAAGUGCUGCACCACCGUACCAUAUUUUGCAUUCGAGGAGCCGGGCAUUAUGCGUGAAAUCAUAUAUUUGACCGCUACAACAGUAGUAUUCUUCCUUGUGAUUAUUAUACGCGAAUAUGGCUUAAUUGACGAACUGAUUUAUCUGAUAAGGAAGAAACUUUUUAAACCACCGCCUCCGCCACCGGAAGAUAGCUACUUUGAUGAUGAUGUUGCUAAUGAGAAAGAACGUAUUUUAAAAAUGUCCAGCGAUCAAAUUGCAAAUCAAAAUUUGGUACUUAACGGCGUCACUAAGUAUUAUGGCAAAUUCUUAGCAGUAAACCAGGUCUCAUUAUGUGUUAAAGAACACGAAUGCUUUGGUCUGUUGGGCGUCAACGGUGCUGGCAAGACGACUACGUUUAAAAUGAUGACGGGCGACGAGCGCAUCACCUUCGGUUCGGCGUACAUAAAGGGCAUGUCGCUGGAAUCUGAAAUGAGCCAAAUUUAUCAAGAUAUCGGUUACUGUCCACAAUUCGAUGCAUUAAUCGAUGACCUUACAGGGCGUGAAACACUACACAUUUUCUGUCUGCUACGUGGGGUACGACGUGCGCGUAUCAAUCGUAUUAUUGAGGAUUUGGCGAAAUCUUUUGGUUUCAAGAAACAUUUGGACAAGCCCACAAUUAACUACAGUGGUGGUAAUAAACGAAAAUUGAGCACAGCAAUUGCCGUAAUCGGCAGUCCAAGUGUGAUAUAUCUCGACGAACCGACAACCGGCAUGGAUCCGGCGGCUAGACGACAAUUGUGGAAUAUGGUUUGCCGUAUACGCGAUUCAGGCAAAUCCAUUAUGUUAACAUCCCACAGUAUGGAGGAAUGUGAGGCGCUGUGUACGCGUUUGGCCAUUAUGGUGAAUGGUGAAUUCAAGUGCAUCGGCUCAACGCAACAUUUGAAGAAUAAGUUUUCCAAGGGUUUGAUUUUGAAGAUCAAAGUUCGGCGUGCUGCUGAUCCUAAGAGGCCGUCAAUAAGAAGUUCGCUGGGCCGUGGCUCAGGUCUCUCACCGACCCAUGUGAAAAUGCAACAGGAUAUUAUAGUAGUGAAGGAGUUUGUUGAGCGCAUGUUCCCGCAGGCAUUGUUACAAGAAGAAUACCAAGGCAUACUCACAUUCUACAUUCCACUUUCGGCUAUCAAAUGGUCAAGUAUAUUCGGUUUAAUGGAAAAGAAUCGGGAAAUGCUCAAUAUAGAAGACUACUCCAUAAGUCAGACAACACUGGAGGAAAUCUUCUUAGAGUUUGCGAAGUACCAACGUGAAGAUCCGCGCACGCUUAAUAUAAAGAAAGAGCGCUGCAACUGCUGGCGGAAUUGUCAAAUACUGCGCUGUUGCGUAACGAGAUCGAAUGCACAAAAACAUGAAUACCAUCUGCAGCAGGCAUCGGACAAUGAGUUGGAACAGAUAAGGCCUGGACAAUUUAGAACCAACGGUGUUGCUGUAUAAGCUUUUGAGGACUACAUACAUAUAUAUACACGUAUAUAUAAUAUGUACGUAUAAUAAGUAUAUUUUGUAUGUGUGCUACAUGUAAGGAAUUGCACAAGUAUUCGCCACAUGUAUGCUAGAGUUAAGUGAAACAUUAUUUUUGGCAAUACUUGGUAUUGAAACUCAGUUUGGAAAUCCCACAAAACAGCAAAUUUUUGCUACAAAUGAAAUACUUAUGUAAGUAUGUUUAAGUUAUUUCGAUGGAUUCUACGGGUGCUUAUAUGUUAUGUAUUAAAACUGAAAAACUAAGGGUGCCUAUGCUCAUAUAAAUUUAUGAAUAUUUACUUACAUAUGCACAUAUGUAUGUUAGAGUUGUGAAAAAUGCUUUAGUUUUUGUUAUUUUUUAUUGUUUUUCUUCUGAAUUGCAAGGAUAACCGGAGAGAAAAUUAGAUAAAUAAUAAAAAUAGAUUUAAAUAUAAAAUGCUUAAAAAAAAUCAAGCAGAAUUCACUUCAACACAAAAAUUAUU